AUGGCGACCUCACGCGAUGCCCCAAAUCCCUUACGACCGUACUACAUCCCGCCUUCCAUCGGCCUACCGCCAGAUGUCCCUCACAGCCAGACAUCGUCGUCACCUCCGCGGUACAGCUCCGGCAGCACAAAGGCGAGCUUGGGCAGCCAGGCACGCGAUAUGCUCUCGGAUCUGGACUACGAUUCCUAUUUCCCAAACAAUGAUCCGACGAUAGCAGGGCAUGCUAAGAAACUACUUGAUCAGGCCUUGUGGAAUUAUACGAGCGUGCUGCUCGCACAGCCAUUUGAGGUGGCCAAGACGAUAUUGCAGAUCCAUGAAGCGACUGGGCAGCUGCCAGGGCUAAAGAUUAACGGAGAAGAUUUCGUGAAAAGGAGUAGACCUGAGAGCUUUGCGAGUGGAAAGUUUGAGGAUUAUCCCUCCGACGAAGAGUCUGAUGAGGACGCGCCUGGAUACUUUACAUCAACUGCACCCCAAAUACGCCAGCCCACUGAUUAUUCACCCUCUGCAUCACGAUCACGCUCCCCACAAAAACGUCAACGAAAUGUCGACAGCCGUUCUCGCUCAUCAACACCCACACGCCCGCCACCGCCCACCUUCCGCAAACUCGAUCUCAAGCGCCCGGAUUCUCUUCUCGAAGUAAUAGCCCAGCUGUGGCAGAAGGAGUCGGCAUGGGGCGUCUGGAAAGGCACAAAUUGCACAUUCAUCUACAAUUUCUUGCUAAAAACGACGGAGAGUUGGUUUCGCAGCGCGAUAUCCGCCUUACUCAAUGUACCGGACCCGGGCCUCAUAGGCCAUGGAGUAAGCGGCAUCGGUGGCUUGGAUAUCAUGGACAGCCCGAGCCCACUUAUGUCACUUGGUGUCGCAGUCGCUGCAACAGCAAUCGCCGCCACGAUCCUUGCACCACUCGAUUUGAUUCGUACACGCCUUCUUAUUACGCCUAUAUCGUCCCCACCCCGUUCAAUAUACCCCUGUCUGGCCCUCCUACCCUCGCUUUCCAUCUCACCGAGCAUUCUGCCCGCCACCUUGCUACACGCCUGCAUACCAACGAUAAUAUCCACCUCAACCCCACUUGUUCUCCGCUCUACGCUCAGCAUCGACCCCAUCCUCACACCGACAACUUACUCCUUCAGCACGUUCCUCUCGUCCACCGCUGAACUCUUCGUCAAGCUUCCAUUCGAAACUGUCCUACGCCGUGGUCAAGUCGCCGUGCUCCAAGACCACGAAAACCAACGCCUAAGUUCCGAGUACCGAACUCUGCCCACCCACCAGAAGAGCCCAGUGUACGGCAUGGAAGACUCAGAUUUGAGCAUCAGGAGUUUCAAAACAAUUGUUGAGCCUGGUCAGUACAAGGGUGUUUUGGGAACCAUGUGGUAUGUUGCUAGAGAAGAGGGCGUCACGGUCAUCGGGCCGACUGCAAGUAAAGCCGCGUCGGCGAAGUCUAUGGGUUUUGCCAGACCGACAAGGACCAAGAAGGGCCAGGGUGUGCACGGGCUGUGGAGAGGUUGGAGAGUCGGUGUUUGGGGGUUGGUCGGGAUAUGGGGUGCCGCUGCAAUGGGUGGAGGGGGCGGUGAGUUUUAG